AUGGACAAGGCCCUGGGUUACGUGCCCACCCGCUGGGCGCACGCUCUCCACGGACUCCCCCACGUCAACCUGCGCCUCGAACCCGUCGACAGCCUCUUCUCCCCCCACGAGUGGGAGUAUCAGCAGGCCCUCCUGUUCCUGGCUGGAUUUGCGAUCCUGUGUCUGGCUCUGAACCUGCUGCUGAUUCUCAUUUACAUUGUCCGCCUAUGCUGCUGCUCCCUGGGCGAGAAAGAGGAGAGCAAGAGGCAGGAGUCUUACUGCACAUCGUGGAGCAGCAUGGUAGCAGUGAUCAUCUGUUGUACAGGAAUUGGGAUUGGUUUCUAUGGCAACAGUGAGAUUAAUGAUGGGAUGUACCAGGCAGCAUAUUCACUGGCAAAUAUCAACCACACGCUGGUAACCAUGGAAGCACUGGUGUCCAAUGCCUCUGCUAUCCUGAGGCGUGCGGUCCGGGAGGAGCUGACUGACCUGGAGGAGGUCUUCGCCGACAGGCCCGAGUUCCUGGUGAUCACUCGGAACAGUCGGAGGCAGGCCGAGUCCGUGCUGGCCCAGUUGGGGGGCCUGGCCUUCUGGAGAGGCCUGAGGCUCAAUCUGCUGGAGCUGGCCGAACAGGGGAGCCACACCGAGGACCACAGAUGGUUAGCGUACGUCCUGCUGAUCCUCCUGGAUGUGCUGAUCUGCCUGUUGGUUCUCCUGGGUUUGCUCACACAGGGAACAUGGAUGCUGAUCGGGCUCACAGCCUUGUCCAUGCUUGGCCUGAUCGUCAGCUGGCUGUCCCUGGGGGUAGAGAGCGUGGCAGUGCUGGCACUCGGUGACUUCUGUAUCGACCCAGAUUCAUCUGUCAGCAACAUAACCCAGACCAAAUUGGGAAUCAAUGCAGAUCUGCUCGAUUACUAUUUAACCUGUGAUGACGGUGCCCUCAACCCUUUCCACUACAGCGUGACCCUCUCUUACCGAGCAAUGAGUACCAUCCACUCUCAAAUCAAUAGCCUGGAGCGAGGAGCCAUCGCUGAAUUCCCAUCUGCGCAGGCCAGUCUCCUCGCAGCUCAACAGGCCCUGAACACAACCGAGCGAGUCCUCCAUCAUCUCACGGCUCUGAUCCACUGCCAGGGUUUCAACAAGCAUUACGUGGAGGUGUUAAGGGGCAUCUGUUAUGAUGCAAUGGAAGGAACCCUCUACCUCUGCGCCUUCUCCUUCCUGACCGUCCUGUCUCACUGCUCCAUGGUCUACACCCUGCCCAGGAUCUGGAGAAAACUACACAACCACCGGGCCCCCAAGUUGGGAGAAGUCGAUGAGGAGGAGCCCUUCAGCCCCAUGUGCCGUAGACCCCGUGUGCUGCCCAGACCCGCCCUGCCCACCUUCUACGCCUACGCCAGCAGCUUCACCCGGCAGGGGGGCACUCACCCUACCGCUCCCCCCAUCUCCAACGCCCACAUCGCCCACUACAUGUGA